AUGAACAAGAGACCAAUUGAUGUGAAAUGGGUCUAUAAAUUGAAAUUGAAACCUGAUGGGCAGAUUGCUAGAUACAAGUCCAGACUUGUAGCAAAGGGAUUUUUGCAAAAACAUGGGUUGGACUAUGAUGAGGUAUUUGCUCCAGUAGCUAGAAUUGAGACAGUAAGAAUGGUAGUUUCAAUUGCUAGCUACAAAGGCCUGAAGCAAGCUCCUAGAGCUUGGAACAAGAGGAUUGAUAGAUUCCUCAUAGAGCAGCAAUUUGAAAAAUGUGUGAAUGAGCAUGGAGUUUAUGUCAAGAAGGGAGCAGCAGCACCUGCACUGUUGAUAUGCCUUUAUGUUGAUGAUUUAUUGCUAACUGGCAGUGAUGAAGUGAAAAUCAGUGAGUUCAAAUUCAGAAUGGAGAAGGAAUUUGAGAUGACUGAUUUGGACAUGCUAGCAUAUUUCCUUGGUAUUGAGUUUGAAACCAGGAAAAAUGGAAUUUUUAUGCAUCAAAAAAGGUAUGCAAGUGAUGUAUUAAAAAUGUUUAAAAUGCAAGAUUGCAAUGGGAGCAGCACCCCAUCAGAGUCAGGGUUGGUGCUAUCCAAAGAGGGCAAUGAUUUGGAGGGCAAUGAUGAGUUGAUUGAUCCUACAACCUUCAAGAAAAUUGUAGGAUCGUUGAGGUACUUGUGCAACACUAGGCCAGAUAUCUCAUAUAGUGUUGGGAUGGUUAGUAGGUACAUGGAGAAGUCUAGGACAUCACACUACAUGGCAGCAAAAAGGAUCUUGAGAUACAUAAAGGAGACCAUUGAACUUGAGCUGUUAUAUUCCAUAAAACUGAAUGAAGAGGAAGCUGAAUUUAUUGGUUUCACUGAUGCUGAUUGGUGUGGAGAUAUGGAUGAUAGAAAGAGUACAAUAGACUAUGUGUUUACAAUCAAUAACUCACCAAUCUCAUGGUGUUCAAAGAAGCAAAGCAUAGUAGCAUUAUCUACUUGUGAAGCGGAAUAUGUGGCUGCAUCCAGGAGAGCAUGCCAAGCUGUGUGGAUGGCAUAA